GUAAUGUAUUCAACAAAUGAUAACAACUAAUAGACACCAUUUUAAAGCAUUUGCAAGGUUAAAAGUAACAGCACAACUAAAUGAAAUCAAUGUAUAUGCUCAUACAUACAUGCUGUGCUUUAUCCUAACAUUACACGAAGUGAAUGUCUGCAUUCAGCCAGGCGACGACAUAAUGCACAAAACGUGCAAACUAAUAAAAACAUAAACGGUUACAAAAAAGAUAAACAAUUUUAGUUUAGGCAUAAGUUCGUACUUUAAUUAUCCACUGAGAUAUGAGGAGCAAGCUCCACCCACUGGAACCGAAAAUCUCGUAACGGAAGCGGUCGACUGGCAUAAUAAAAGCUCCGCUGGUCGAUUGUGUCUCCGGUGAAGCUGAACUCUCUUCCUGUCACGUUCACCUCGCGCGGACCGACCGUUUAUUUACAUACAGUCACACGUUCACACAGUAAACUAAUGCACACUUCUGAAGAUCUGACUGCUGGAUUCGAUUAAGUCUGCAAGACAUAUUGGAGGAGAAAGAGGAGAGCGAAUAACAGCAUCAUCAUCAUGACAAAACUGGAGAAAUCUUUGAGUUGCUCAUUGAAAGGAGGAGCUAAAAAAUCUUUCACCUGCCCUCAGUGUGGAAAGAGUUUCCUGUACAAAAAAAGUCUUAAACCUCACAUGAAAAUCCACACUGUAGAGAAGGCGCACACAUGUGAUCAAUGUGGAAAGAGUUUUUCACAAGCAAACGCUCUUAAAUUACAUCUGCGUUCUCAUUGUGGAGAAAGACAAUUUAACUCUGAUCAAUGCGGCAAAACAAUUCUUAGUGCAGAAUCCCUGAAUGUUCAUGCAAAGCGGAAGCGUUACGCGUGUUCUUUGUGUGGAAAGAGUUUUUCACGAAUGAGUAAUUUAAGACUUACACCAGAAAAGACACAGUGGUGUGAAGGAUCAUGUGUGCUUUGAUUGUGGGAAGACCUUUACUAGAUCUGACACAUUGAAAGAGCACCAAAGAAUUCACACUGGAGAAAAACCUUACAAGUGUUCGUACUGUGACAAGAGAUUCAGUCGGCCAGGACAUCUGAAAAGACAUGAAAGGACCCACACUGGAGAGAAACCUUAUAAAUGUGAUCGAAUGUGGGAAAAGUUUUACACAAAAAGGAAGCUUAAAUGAUCACCUAAAAAUCCACACUGGAGAGAAGCCGUACACGUGUGAUCAGUGUGGGAAGAGUUUUGCAUGUGCAAAAACUCUUAAAUUACAUCUGCGUUCUCAUUCUGGAGAAAGGCCAUUUAACUGUGAUCAGUGCGGGAAAAAAUUUCUUUGGGCAGAUCAUCUGAAGAGGCACCUGAAAGUUCAUACAAAACUGAAGCCUUACGUUUGUUUGUGUGGAAAGAGUUUUUCACGAAUGGAUUAUUUUAAAAUACACCAGAAAAGUCACAGCAUUGUUAAGGAUCAUAUGUGCUUUGAUUGUGGAAGUACUUUUACAACAGCAGCUGUAUUGAAUCGGCACCAGAGGAUUCACACUGGAGAAAAACCUUACAAGUGUUCACACUGUGACAAGAGAUUCAGUCAGUCUGGAGCUCUGAAAAAUCAUGAAAUGAUCCACUCUGGAGAGAAGCCGCACACAUGUGAUCAGUGUGGGAAGAGUUUCACACUAAAAGGAUCUCUUAAGUCACACAUGAAAAUCCACACUGGAGAGAAGCCAUAUAAAUGUGAUCAAUGUGAGAAGAGUUUCACACAUGCAUACACUCUUAAAGUACAUCUGCAUAUUCACUCUGGAGAAAGACCCUUUAACUGUGAUCAGUGUGGUAAAACAUUUCCUGUUGCAGAAAAUCUGAAGAAGCACCUGAAAGUUCAUACAAAGGAGAAGCCUUACACGUGUUCUUCAUGUGGAAAGGGUUUUAGCCAGCUGGGUAAUUUAAAAGUACACCAGAAAAGACACAGUGGUGUGAAGAAUCAUAUGUGCUUUGAAUGUGGGAAGACCUUCACUGUAGCCGAGACACUGAGAAAGCACCAGAGGAUUCACACUGGAGAAGAAACGCAUGAGAGGAUCCACACCGGAGAGAAGCCGCACACAUGUGAUCAGUGCGGGAAGAGUUUCACUCAGUUAGGAUCGCUACAUCGUCAUACUAGAAACAGCUGUCUGAAAUUAAACUAGUUCAUGUUCAGAUCCAGCACAUUUAAAGUGUUGCUGCGUCAUCACCGAAUGUGAGCCAAUAACACACUUGGCAAUAAAGGCUAUCUUUCAUAACUAUCUUAAUCUGUCCCAACCAGCCUCAUUAAAACAUUGUUAAGCUUUAAGACCAGCUUCAAAUAAUAUUUCUAAAGAUGUUUUCUACAGAAGAAGUGACACAAAUCAAAGAUGUCCUUCUGUAUGGAUUAAAGCUGAAUGUUAUUACUGUGGACCAUGGUUUCAUAGACAAAAUUCAUCUGCAUUCUCAUUCUGGUCUUUUCGAAUUCAGUAGCUUCUUUUUGACUUAAAGAAAAAAAGACAAACAUUUUGGAUGACAUGAGGGUGAGAAAAUUAUCAGGGAAUUUGAACUUGAAAUGAACUGAUCCUUUAAUCAGUUAAUUGGUGAAGCAACUACAAAAAUCAGAUGAAAGACCAGAGUGAGAAUGCAGAUGAAUUUUGUCUAUGAAACCAUGGUCCACAGUAAUAACAUUCAGCUUUAGUCCAUACAGAAGGACCUCUUAGAUUUGUGUCACUUCUUCUGUAGAAAACGUCUUUAGAAAUAUUAAUUGAAGCUGGUCUUAAAGCUUAACAAUGCUUUCAUUCGAAAAGAAUAGCUUUAAAUUUUGAUAAAUGGAUAUAAAUAUAAUACAUAAAUGCCUCUGGAGCAUUUUGCAUUUGGAGCAUUUUGAAGGUGAGUAAAUAGGCCUAAUGGAUUUUUCUUUCUUUUUUUUUUUUUUUUUUUUUUUUUUUUUUGGUGAACUAAAUCUGUAUAUAAUUACAAACCAUGGGGUUAGCGCCAUCUAGUGUGCGUAAAGAUGACGUAGCUCUUACUGCAUCUGUUUUGUUAUUCAAAAUAAAUACUAAAACUAUAUUGUCA